ACUGCCCUCUAGGGGGCAAUAGAGUACUUGCAGUAGAAGGAGAGAGGAGAAAGAAGAAACGUUUUGUGCACACACAGUUCAUACGACGUCAGCGAUGGGUCGCAGCGGAGAGCUGAGCGACUUCCAGCGGGGCACCGUAGUCGGAUGCCAUAUGUGUAAAAAGUCCCUGAGGGAGAUCGCCACCUUGCUCAACCUUCCGCGCUCCACCGUCAAUAACGUCAUCGUGCAAUGGAAGCGAGAGGGCCGAACGUGCCCGCUGCCCCGCUGCGGACGGCCGCACAAGCUCAAGGAGGAGCAUCGGCAGGUUCUGGAGCGGAUGGCCCAGGAGCAGACCUUCCCGUCCCUGCAGGCGCUCGCUGCGGAGUUCAGGCGGGCGUCCGGAGCUAACGUCAGCGCGGCCACCGUAAGCAGGGAGCUGCGGGAGAUGGGCCUGAGUCGGCGGUCGUCCUCCGAAGGCAAGGCCAAAGAAAGGAAGAAGGCACAAAAAGUGGCCGAAGUCUCCGUUGAGGACGAAGCCGAGGUGGACGGCAAAGACCGAAUGGACGCGUCCCACCUGGACCUGCGGGCGGGCUGCAUUAUUAGGACCAUGCAGCUCCCGGGUACGGACGGCUUGUACUUACAGCAUGUGGAUGUUGGCGAAGCUCACCCGAGGACGGUGGUCAGCGAAUGCGCAGCCAUCAACCAGUUUCAGAACUGCAUGGCUGUUCUACUGUGCAACCUGAAGCCCACGCAGGUGCGAGGCGUGGCGUCCCAGGCUGUGGUCGUGUGCGUGAGGUCACUGGGUAACGUGGAGAUCCUCGCACCUCCGCCUGGAGCAGUACCUGGCGAUAGAGUCACCAUUCAUGGAUUUACAGGCAACCCGGACAAGGAGCUGGACUCCGCCAAUGUCCAUGAACAUGUUUGCUCAGAGCUCCGCACAGACAGCCAGUGUGUGGCUACCUACAAGGGCGUGCCCCUGGAGGUCGUGGGCAAGGGCGUGUGCCGAGCGCCCACCUUGAGCGACUGUGAGGUCGUCCUGACACAUGUAGGAGCAGCAUGAUGGAGAACCGGACACUUUAUUUUUUCUUUCCUCAAUUGUAAACGUGGACAACAUUCCAACUGGAAGGAGACGCUUUUUUCCAAUUUUGUCUUCCGUUUGGAAUCACAUUGUUUUCAGAAGAAGUUUGUUGUCACUUGAAUUUACCGUAUUUACUCCAAUCCAAUAGAUGCUGUGCCUCUAUUAAUUGCCUUAAAUGCUUCCUAGUUCCCCCUUGUGUUAAAAAAAAUGGAGUGUCAUUAGAUAACUGUCAUCACUUUUAAAUGACACCUAAGCAGUGACAUUGACAUGCAAAAUGAUAAGCAAAAUACAAAUUGCGUAGUCUUAACACCUUACUACUAAAAAGUGAAUGCCUCAUUCCCGCUUUUCUAUUGAUAACUAAUUACUUUCAUCCAGUGUUUGGAUCCAAGCCACAUGAACUUACAGUAUACAAACAUCAUCAUUGCCUUACAUCCACUAAACAAUCCUUCCAUGAACUUGUUAAUAUAAAAUACAACAGCAGGGGGUGCUAUUGGGUAACUCGCCUUUAUCCAAUCGACAGUGUUUUGCUCCCUGGAAGAAGAAAAAACAUUUACACUUUCCUUCAAAUGCGUCAAUGGUGAAAUACACAUUGCAGCCAUUAGGCAAGAGCAAACAGAAUCUACUUUGUGAUAUGGAAGUAAUUGUUUUGUCGACAGAUUAUUGUUAAGGUCUGUCCUUAAGAAAGCCUUUGUGCAAAUUUGAAUGCCUUACUUCCAGUACAUGCCUCAUAGUUGUUGCAGUAAGUGACUAAAUGGCCUCUAUUUGUGGAGGAAAUACGGUAUCAUUGUUACUUUUUUGCCAAUUUACAGUAUGUGUCAUAUUUACUGUUUACCUGGCAACAUUUCUGCUUUAUGAUUUGAAGAAUGUGUAUGGAUUGAAGUAAUUAAAGUUGUUGCUAAUUUUGAUUUUUAUAACGUCACCUCACCCGUGUACAUUGUUGACCUGUGUAUUAUGUCAUGAAUAAAAGUGAAUGAAAAAAAUA